AUGACGACUCUGACGCAUCGUACUCGGCGGUCAGACAGGGUGGAACAGACGCGGCGUCUGGAGGAGGAAGAGGACGGUCAGGUUGGAGGAGGAUCAGAAGAAGAGGAAGAUGACGAUUCUAAAGGUCUACGACUCACACUUAUGGAGGAGAUUUUACUGUUGGGCCUCAAAGACAAAGAGGGCUAUACAUCUUUUUGGAAUGACUGUAUUUCGUCGGGCCUGCGUGCGUGCAUGCUUAUUGAACUGGCACUGAGGGGACGCAUACACCUAGAGCCUGUCACCAUGAGGAAGAGGAGACUGCUUGAUCGCAAGGUUCUGCUUAAGAGUGAAGCUCCCACUGGAGACAUGUUGUUGGAUGAAGCUUUGAAACACAUUAAAGCCACUGAACCUCCACAAAACGUGUCGUCAUGGAUAGAUCUGUUGACUGGUGAGACAUGGAACCCAAUGAAGUUACACUACCAGAUGCGGAAUGUUCGUGAGCGGCUUGCGAAGAACCUGGUGGAGAAGGGAGUUCUGACAACGGAGAAGCAGAACUUCCUGCUGUUUGACAUGACGACCCACCCUUUGACGGACACAACGGAGAAGCAGCGACUGGUACAGCGGCUUCAGGAGACUCUUCUGGAACGCUGGACCAACGACCAUCGGCGCAUGCCGCGCCGCGCCCUGGCUCUGCUGGUGCUGGCUCAUGCGGCGGAUGUCCUGGAGAACGCACUGUCCACCCUGCCUGAUGACGGCUAUGACACAGCCUCCGCACGCUCACGCGCUCUCCUCGACGCUGAUCCAGAUGUGGAGAGCGCCAAGGUCACAAGCCCUGCCGACCAGAUGAUUUGGGCCGUUCUGGCAGCCUUCAACAAGACCUGA